AUGAAGGUCUCCUCCGUUGCCUUGGCUACACUCGCCGUCCUCGCGGGUAGCACGGAAGGGUUCUGGUUCUUCAAGCCCAUUGUCAUCCGGCCCCUCACCAUCUCCAUCCCUCUCCGGGUACCCGUUGGGGGAGGCGGCGGCGGCGGCGGAGGAGGAGGAGGAGGCGGUGGAGGAGGAGCCGCUUGCAACUGCCCGGCGCCCACAUGCCCGCCACCUACCUGUCCCGCGCCGGACUGCCCAAAGAACGCCGCCUUCAAGCAGCGAGAAGACGACAUCACGGGCUGCGGCAGCAGGACGCCUAUCUUCAGAGGAGACGGAAGCCUGCGCCGCUGCAUCUAA